AUGCGAGGCAGGAAAAACCCCAUGAACAAUCAAACGCCUCCAAAUUUACCACCGUGUAAAAUCUGUGGCGAACAAGGCACGGGAUUUCAUUAUGGAGUCACAGCGUGCGGAGCUUGCAAGGGUUUCUUCAGAAGAAGUUUGGUGCGCAAACAGCCUUACGUGUGCAACGCUAAUGGCCAAUGUACCAUUGGGCCUGAAACUAAACGCCGAAAGAGCUGUCCAAAAUGUCGACACGAUAAGUGUUUAGCUGUUGGCAUGAGCAAAGAAGCAAUUAAGACCGGACGCUAUUCUUAUGUGAAAAAGUCCCACGAUAUUAUCGAAAUGAUAGAACACCACUUUCAUCAUUUUGUCAAACGUAAACAGUUUGGCGACUACAAGAUGUCACGAGAAAGCAUCGAAGAUGACUUGGACAUUUCUGCUAAGAAAUCUCGCUCCAGCUGUGCUCUGGAGAAGAUAUCUGAGGCGUUUCGAAAACCUGGCCACGAGUUCAUGGAGCUGUCCCCUACAAAAUCUUCACUUUCCUCAGAAAACGCUUUUACUUUUGAUGAUAGCAACAUCACAGAUGAAACUGUCUUCCCAGUGACUGAAAUAAAUAAUUUGAUAAAUUUAGAGAAAGAGAAAAUAGGUGUUCUGAAAGACAAUUCUACAAGGAGCGACGCAAUGGGUUCACAGAGAAAUACGAUUCAUACUUUACCAGAAGGCAAUGGUAUAUAUGCAGGAUGGUGUUCAGGCAUAAAGAACUCUGAGUUUGCGCAUUAUUUCAACUCAUCAACGACCAAAUCUUGUCAAGCAUCGCCAACGUCCCCUCCAGUUUCAUCUUCAUCUCCUAUGUCUGACAUGUCGAGCUCCAGAGAGUCUUCAAUGUCAGUCUCUACCUCGUGGCUAGAAUUCCCAAAUUAUGCUGACAGUUUGUAUACAGUGACAUCUCCUGAUGACAGUGGCAGUUUCCUGGCAUAUCCUGACAAUGUGUAUGAUGCAGAUUUUGAAAGCUACCCACAGCAACAACGUUGGCAUGAGAAUAUUUACUUCAAUGACGACGAAUAUGCCAAGUCAAAGGACGAAAGAGUCAUUAUAAAAGAAAGCUUGUUUAGUAAUCAAGCAAGCAAUACUGUUCCUUCUUACACCGCAGAACAAGACACACUUUAUGGCUGUUCAAUCAAUAUCCAGGAAUAUAAUUCGUAUAAUAAAAACAUCGUACCUGCACACAACACUCAGUUUCUUCAUCUGCACACACCCGUAUCAAACGAGUUAGAACAAUUACGUCGCCUAUCCUGGGAUGACAUGAGCUUUGGCGAUGACUUUUUAUGUCCUGGUAGCGAUUUUGUUACUGAUAAAUCCAGAACACCUCAGAAGAACAAAUCAUCAAAUAACAAAGAUGUUACUGCAUGUUUUCCUCCCAACAACAAUAUUAUUCGACUAGAGAAAGCAUGGAAUGCAGGGCCACUGUUACCAGAGUUCAGUAACAAUUCAUACUGGGAUUUGGAUGAGACUAGGCUGAAGUCGAAAGAUGUAUCUUUUAACAACAGUAUAGACCAUAAAAAAGAACAUUUUCAGUUUGAAAGCGACAUAAACCAGUCGUGCACCUCCUACAGCUCUCCGACCUUCAGUGGCAGUUACUACCGUGAAAGACAAGGCAGCGAUUCUUCUAUUGAAAGCUACAGUUUGGACACCAGAUUUUCUCCGGCUGUACCUUCAGAUCAACAAACACUUUCUGACUGUAAGUCCUCAUUGUCUGAAUGUGAAGAAGCUUUGACAGUGGGCGGAACCAGCCCGGAAAGACAUUUUGUUGAGGAUUCACAAAACUCUUAUGGCUUAUCAGGACUGUUAAUUAAUAGUUCUUUGCCUCUAGGUUCACCGUCUUCUUUGUUUUCGACAUCUGAUGAUUUAGACAUGUCGUCUAUCAAGAAGGGUCCAGCGAUCAUUUCUCAGCUUUCAGAUACCAUGGCUUUAGAGGAAUCAGAGGAACCUUUGAAUUUCCUUAAUAUUCCUUAUGAGAACACUACACAAUUUAAGAAAACAGGAAAACUAAUCAGUUACGUGGCUCUUCAGUCACAGGAAAUGUCAGCUAACUCUGAAGAUGACUCACCAAAAAACACAAAACACCUACCAACACUGUCUUCAGAAGUCAGCAACGAUGAUGAACAUUUAGAAAAAUGGACUCCGUUCUCACUGGGCGGUGAAACUCCUCGGCCUAUAGAGCAAGAAGGCAAACCGGAGAGCAAAAUAAGGCUGCAUGAAAAUGAGGAAGACUACAACAGCAAACCACUGCCGUGGUGUGAGUUUACCGAGGCAGAACUUGACGAGGUUGUCAUGUCAUUGAAAACUGCUUACCAGAAGCACGUUGUCAUUGAUUCACACUUGCUCUCUGAUGAAGAGAUCGCUGAGAAACUCAAGUCUUUCUUGGAUAUCCUAGAACUGAGAGAGCAGACUUAUGGCAAGCUGAUUGGCAUGGACAGAGAGGCCUACUUCAACAUUCUGGAAGCAACGGGGAUUGAUGUCGGGGGCAGACGAGACUGGACGGAGACACACGCGAAAAUAUUGAACAGAACAUUGCAGAAAACAGUUCGCUUCUUUCGAUCUGUUCCGGGAUUCAAAGACGUAUGUCACGAGGAUAAAAUAGUUCUCGCCAAAUCCUGCCUGUACGAAUAUGUGAUUCUGAGCUGCUACCGGGGCGUCAACCUGGAGAAGCAAGUCAUACUAGAUGCUGAACACAAGUACGCCAUCAGCAUGGAUGUCAUGAAACUGAUGAUCCCGGAAAUGGAAGACCACAUGCUGGACAUGUUGGCUAUCUCUAGGAGACUGAUGGAGCUCAAGCUGUCGUUUGAAGAAACGCUCUUGCUGAAAGCCAUUAGUAUUACAUCACCAGACCGUGACAAAAUCCAAGACUUUGAAAAAGUAGACAGGAUGUACUGGCGUCUACACUGCUGCCUCAUUCUCAGCCUCUGGCGCCUUGUGACCGUGUUGACAGAUCUCCGAGGACUGGCGUUCUAUGGCAGACAAAUCAUGUCCAACUUGAAACCGGACAUCAUGAAGUUAACCAAAGACAUUCAGGUGCCGUUAUACCUUGAAAUGUUAUUUUCAGAAACAGAUUCUUCUACUUCAACUAAUUCUACUUCUAGUCGGCACGGACAAGCGUCGGCAUUGACCGAUACUGGCCGCAGUGCCCACUGA